CCCACCCGAGCAAGAGGUGACCUCCGUGAACUCUGGUCUACCCUGGGUCCGCAUCGUCCACCCAAUUUCAAGAGAAUCUACCGUCAUGGCCAGUGUUUCUGAGCGUCCGCCGCCAGCCGACCCCAAGUGGGAAAUAUCGAGAACUCGGCUGACACUCGGUCAUUCUCUAGGAGAAGGCUGCUUUGGCCAGGUUUUUAAGGCAGAGGCUGUUGGCCUUCACCUGGACAACACUGCCGAGCCCGUCACCGUGGCUGUGAAAAUGCUGAAAGAUGAUGCCAACGGCCAGGACUUGUCGGACCUGGUGUCUGAGAUGGAGAUGAUGAAAGUUAUUGGCCGGCACGAGAACAUUAUCAACCUGCUGGGGGCCUGCACACAGGGCGGGCCAUUGUAUGUGCUGAUGGAGUACGCAGCCAAGGGCAACCUCUGGGACUUCCUGCGGGCACAAAGGCCCUCAGCGCGGGAAUGCUAUGGUGCCUCCAGGCUGCCAGAAGAACAGCUUACCAGCAAAGAUCUCGUGUCCUGUGCCUGUCAGGUGGCCCGAGGUAUGGAGCACCUGGCUUCUCGGAAGUGCGUUCACAGAGACUUGGCUGCCAGAAACGUGUUGGUGACUGAGGACAACGUGAUGAAGGUUGCAGAUUUUGGCCUGGCCCGUGAUGUGCACCGUCUGGGAUACUACAAGAAGAUCACGCACGGCCGGCUCCCUGUGAAGUGGAUGGCACCAGAGUCCCUGUUGGACGGAGUCUACACCCACCAGAGUGAUGUGUGGUCCUUUGGAGUCCUGCUCUGGGAGAUCUUUACCCUGGGGGGCUCCCCAUACCCUAGCAUCCCAGCGGAAGAGCUUUUCAAGUUGUUGAAAGCCGGCUACCGCAUGCACAAGCCUGCCGACUGCCCACAUGACUUGUGAGCAAAGCGUUCCUUA